AUGGCAGAAACUUUUGCAACAGACAUUGCCAAAUCCCUUUUACGGAAGCUAGGCUCUUUUGCAGCUCGAGAAUUUUGUUUGGCAUGGGGACUGGAAGGUGGCCUUGCACGUCUUGAAGAGACAUUGUCAGCCAUCAAUGCGGUUCUGUCGGAUGCCGAGAGCAAACAAUCACAAAAUGACAGCAUUAGGUUUUGGCUCCAGAAGCUGAAAGAAGUCUUGUAUGAUGCGGAGGACGUGCUGGAUGAAUUGGAAAUGAGUCAUAAAAUAAAUGAUCUCAUCGACAGGCUGGUUGAGAUUGCAUCUCUUCAGCCUGACUGUAACCUCAACGAGCAGACUAUUGAUUAUAGUCAUGUCUUGCAUGAGGAAACAGAGAUGAGACCAUCCUUUGAGAGCUUUUCCUGUCUUAUCGGAAGAGACAAAGACGAAGAACCUCUUCCCAUGUCACCAAAUAAAUUACAUCGUGUGCGAUCAGUUCUCUUUGAUGGUAGUGAUAUAGAGGAGCCUAGAUGCAAAACAGACUGUGGGAAAUGUUUGAUUGAAUUUAAGCGUGUGCGGUCGUUGGAAUUAUUGGAUGGUUGUGAAUUGCUUCCAGAAAGGAUUGGUGCCCUGAAGCAUUUGAGAUAUUUUAAUUUGGUUCGGAAUUCAAAAUUGAAAAGAUUACCAAAAUCUGUUUUCAAAUUACAAAAUCUGCAAGCUUUGCUUCUAGGUUAUGGAUUUGAAGAGCUGCCCGAAGAUGUGAGGUACAUGAUCAGUCUUAGAUUUUUAUUUCUAAUUACUAAGCAGAAGCGGUUGCCAGAAGGUGGGAUUGGGUGCUUGAAAUGUCUUCAAGUUUUAUUCAUCAGUAUGUGUGAUGAUCUUGAAUAUUUGUGCGAAGAUAUGCAAGGUCUUAAAAGCCUUCGAAAAUUAGGUAUUGUUGGAUGCAAAAGCUUGAUCUCUUUGCCACGAAGCAUGAAAUACCUAACUGCACUAGAGUUUUUGGGCAUUGUCGAUUGUGAAAAGCUUGAUUUGGCGACAAUGGAGGAAGAGCACGAGAAAGAAAUCAAACCACUUCGCCUUCAGACUGUAAUAUUUGCAGAGUUACCAGCAACACUAGCAUUACCGAAACAGAUUCUUCAAGGAUCUGCAGACACCUUACAAACAUUUAUGAUUGGAGACUGUCCAAACAUUAGAGAAUUGCCAGAGUGCAUCAGCAAUCUAAAGAAGCUUCAAAACCUUGAGAUCAAAAGUUGCCCAACUUUGAGCCAAAGGUGCCAAAGGGAAACAGGAGAAGAUUGGCCCAAGAUCGCUCAUAUCCCUAAAAUUGAUGUUGACGAUUAUGACAACGAUGAAGAAACAUCUAAUUAG